AUGUCUGAGUUUGUCCUCGAGAGUAAUGAUGACAAUCAAAACGAUGAAUUUUCAGAGGAGGUUUCCAAAGAUGACGCUAACACAACGGAUGAUUUUCAAUUUGAUCCCGCCAUAAAGGAACGAUUUAAAGAGUUAGAAGCUGAUGCGACUAAGUUGCAUGACCUCAGAGCUACUGUGGACCAAUCUGCUAACUCUACUUUAUCUGAGGAUGAAAAAGCUGAAGUUGACUUGCGCUCAAUUUAUGUUGGAAAUGUGAGCUUUAAUUAUUUGCUUGUUUCGCGCUAA